AUGGCUGCCAGCUCGUACCUCCUCUACCAGCUGCUGCACUGCGAUGCUGAGAAACUCCAAGUGGUGGUCCACUGUUUUGGUGGAGGAGAUGCGUACGUGUCUGACAAGACCACCAGAGCGGUGACAAGAUGCAGCGAUGAGGACAUGUGCGUCUCGGAGUUGAGAAGUUUGAGGGAGCAUGUGAGGAAUGUGUAUAUUACCUACGGUGUGGCAAAGGAGGGAACGCCGCCACCGAGACGUUUUGCGCCUACUUCUGGAUGGGGCAUGAUUGCGGUGUCAUUCCCAAAGGUAACCAGCUAUGAUGAGUGGGCGAAGCAGCUACAGGCCGCGCGAGUCAUCGUGAAUUGCCUCGACGAGGUGGAUGUGAAGGCGAUGUGCGCCUGGAUAACGCGUGAUGAGACUAAAGAGAAACAAGCGAAAUACUGGAAAGAGGUUGAAAAACACAUGUAUCUUUUGGGACCGAUUCCACGUCACGUCUUUGAUGAGGAGGCGUUUAGGGAAAGCUGUGGAGCGGUGAGGUUUGCAUUGCAAUCGAUCAACGAGGUAACUGCGAAAGAGUACUUUUCACGGGGAGGUGAGUCGCCACGGUAUUCUGAGGAUCCGUCCCACAAGCCUGUGGAAGGUUGUUCGGGAAAUAUACGCAGGCGGUGUGAUCCUUUUCAAUGCACCGAUAUCUGCUUGCCUCGAGGAACGGACAUUGGAACGCCUCCCAAGUGUAGCAGAAUAAAAUAG